UCGAGUUGACGAUGCGGCAGUGACGUAGAGCGGAUGUCCCAGAAUGCCGCUGUGUGCCAGCGCAGCAGUGAUCAAUGAUCAGUAGUUACAUUACAUAUCGCUCAAUAAUCAACGAUAAACCAGACCGGUAAACCGAUGAGUUAGUUACAGAUGAGAUAUUUGUUUGCGACAUACGGAUUCAAUGUUGAACACGUCAUCAGUCAGUGUGUUGUGUAAAUGAAAUCCGUGUAGAGAUCAGCGUCAUCAUAAUCAUCUUUCUUACUAAUAUAACUGAUUAAACACAUAAGUAAAUGGCCAGUCCACGAACAAGACGAGUACUGAAGGAGGUCAGGACAGACGAUGAAAACAAUGUGUGUUUUGAGUGUGGUGCGUUUAACCCCCAAUGGGUGAGCGUGACCUAUGGUAUCUGGAUCUGUUUGGAGUGUUCGGGCAAACACAGAGGCCUUGGCGUCCACCUCAGCUUUGUACGAUCUGUUUCGAUGGACAAGUGGAAGGAUAUUGAGCUGGAGAAGAUGAAAGCUGGAGGAAACAGAAAGUUUCGUAUGUUUCUAGAGCUGCAGGACGACUACGAUGCCAACUGGAGCUUACAGGAGAAAUACAACAGCAAAGCUGCAGCACUUUUCAGAGACAAGGUGGCGACUCUCGCUGAAGGGAAGGAGUGGUCCAUAGAGAAUUCACCUGCUCGAGACUGGACACCACCUCAAGCCAAGACAGGCUUAAGCUCCGCCCACCGGUCCGGUACGGGUGGGGGCCAGAAUUAUUCUCGCCCUUCUGAUAAGGCGUUUGAGGAUUGGCUGUCAGAUGAUGUCAACUCUUAUCAAAAUGCUGGUGGUUCUGGGGAGCAGGAGAAUCGAUAUGUGGGUUUUGGUAACACUCCAAACCCUCCCAAGAAAGAUGAAGACUUCAUUAAUAAUGCCAUGUCCUCCAUCUACUCGGGUUGGAGCAGUUUCACUGUUGGCGCCAGUAAAUUUGCAUCUGUUGCUAAAGACAGUACCUCAAAACUGGCCAACCAAGCGACCCUGAAGUUACGAGGUUAUAAGCCUCCCCCUGAGCCGGCUACAGAAUUGGGUCAAACACUUAAUGAGUCUGUUAUCAAGCCCACACAGGAGAAGGUGAAGGAAGGAAAGUUAUUUGAUGAAAUGGCCGUCAGCAUCACAGGUUUGGCCACAAAGGUUCAGGGUGCCGGUGUGAAGAGUUGGAGUGGUGUGACAUCAUUCUUCAAUGGGAAACAGGACGACACCGAUGACGGGUCUGCAUAUCAGGAAGGUUAUCAGAGCAAAGAUUCAUUUAGUAGUCAGGAUGGCAGAGGUGCUAAGCAGGACUUCUGGGAGACUUUCGGAAGUAACACUGCUAUAAAAUCCCCCAGUGGCACCUCUGUGGAGAAGAACCAGAGUAGUGCAGAGAACUGGGCUUCGGAUGUACGGCCUAACAACAAGAACGGUACGGCAGAGAGCUGGGACAUCUGGGAAAAUGACUGGGAGACUGCUGGGGAUGCCAAGAACAAGAAUCCCUCAAAACCAGCCGAAGAGUCCUGGGAUAACAGCGGCUGGUAAAUGAACAAAAGCUGAUGUAAAUCUUGUCUAACUGUUGUGUAGUGUGUUUGUUGUUAUCGGUCAUUAGUAAAACCCUCUGUAUCUGUUAAAAAUGAAUUUCAGAAACUCUUUGAGGUUUGUUAAUGCAUCGACUGGAUAUUUUUUUCUCUCUUCCCUUUUGUUGAGUUUGUAAGAUUUGUUGAAAACGUCAGUUUUUGAUGUGUAUGAUGAACUUUUAAACAAUUUGCAAUUGAAAAAUAUGUCUUGGCAUCAUUAUUUAUAGUUGCAGAUUUUUUCUUCAACGUAUAACAUUGGUCAUUUAUAAGCAUGAGGUAUUAAGUAGAUUUAUUUUGUGAAAUUUUGUGUUUUUUGUCUUUGGUGGGUUAGUUAUUUUGAUUCUGUCAUAUCUUUCCCACCAUAUGAACAUUGAUUCAUUCCCAGCAUACAUAAAUCUCUGUAAAAUAAUGAAGCCUAUUUUGAUUUUUGACUUUCUCUAUAUACACUAAAUGCACCCUUUUGAUGGGUUUAGUCUCUCUGUAUGAUAUUUAAUAUUAUGGACAUGCUCUGUGUCCCAGAUGUGCAUUAUUUGUUGAUCGCUUUAAAACAUCAUGACGUACUGACAGUCAUUUCUGUGGUGCAUCUGUUAUAAAACUAGUGAAGCUAUAACACAACAUGUGAUUGAAUGACAACUUAUUCUGCUAGUUGAAUGGUAUAAUAAAAGUGUAUUAUAUGA